UCCUCCUAAGGGUUUUAGGGCUUAGGGUUUAGGAGCUCCAAUGCUUCAUUUCCCCUCAACCUAACAACUUCUCCAACCACUGACGCCGAUCAUCUCUCAUCCUCGCCGGUACAGCAACUCAUUUAUUUUCCGCCCAUUUCUCCGGUCACCAUGUGGGCUAUUCGUCGAGCUUCUACGCCGAUCAGGAACCAAGUAUUUGGAAUUGGGGCUUCAUAUACUUUUCUUAGAUUAGAUGGAUUGACAGCUUGUACAGAUGUAAAACGGGGCAUGGCUACUUCCCAUGUCUCAUCUGAUAGUUGUCUACUUUCAAAUUGGUUUCACUAUGCGAUUCAUGGGCCUUCAAGACAUGGUGUAGACAGACGCAGUCUUUCUUCACAAGCUGGUCCGAGAAGUAGCGGCGAGGAAGAUGACUUGGAAGAUGGGUUUUCUGAACUUGAACCCGAAAAAAUAACGCCAACUCAAACUGCUGAGGAAGAUGACAUGUUUAUUGAUCCAGAACUUAUUGAAGAUGAUGCUGGUGAUUCAGUUGGGCCCUCUCAAAAUGAUCUGGAUUUAUCGGAGGCUAUAGAUGAUGCGGAUGAAAAGAGACCGAUAAAUAGAAGGGCUUACUCGGAACUGUUUCAGGCCAUAAUGAGUAGUCCAGGCUUAUCUAUCCAUAAUGUUCUUGAUAAAUGGGUGGCAGAAGGAAAGGAAUUAAACAGAUCUGAGAUAUCAUUAGCCAUGCUUAAUCUUCGCAAACGCAGACUUUAUGGAAGGGCAUUACAGUUAUCAGAGUGGCUGGAGGCAAAUAAGCAGUUUGACUUUAUUGAGAGAGAUUAUGCUUCUCAUAUCGACUUGAUAGCAAAGGUACGUGGCUUACUGAGGGCUGAGCACUACGUUGAGAAAAUCCCAAAAUCUUUCAGAGGUGAGACAAUUUACCGAACAUUAUUGGCGAAUUGUGUUAUUGCAAACAAUGUCAAGAAAGCAGAGGACGUGUUCAACAAAAUUAAGGAUCUAGGAUUUCCAAUUACUGCAUUUUCUUGCAACCAGUUGCUUCUUCUUUACAAGCGACACCACAAGAAGAAAAUCGCAGAUAUUUUAUUAGUAAUGGAGAAAGAAAACGUCAAGCCUACUCUCUUCACUUAUAAGAUACUAGUCGAUGCGAAAGGUCGAUCCCAUGACAUGGUAGGAAUGGACCAAGUUAUUGAGACAAUGAAAGCUGAUGGCAUUGAACCGGACAUCAACACACAAGCCAUCAUGGUUAAGCAUUAUGCUUAUAGUGGACUUAAAGAGAGAGCUGUGGAAGUUCUCAAGGAGAUUGAGGGAAAUGACCUGAAUGAGAAGCGUUGGGUUUGCCGUUUCCUACUCCCUCUCUACGGAGUAAUGCAAAUGACUGAUGAAGUAGAGAGAAUUUGGAACGUCUGCAAGUCAGAUCCUCGAAUUGAAGAAUGCAUGUCUGCCAUUGUUGCUUGGGGGAAGGUGAACAAUAUUGAAAAAGCCGAAGCAGUAUUCGAUCAUAUGUUAAAAACAUGGAAGCUGUCGACAAGGCAAUACCAUGUGAUGCUAAAGGUCUAUGCAGACCAUAAAAUGCUAGCCAAGGGCAAGGAUCUGGUGAAGCGUAUGGGCGACAAUGGUUGUCACAUUGGCCCCUUGACAUGGGACGCAAUCGUGAAGCUUUACGUGGAAGCAGGAGACGUGGAGAAGGCGGACUCCGUUUUACAAAAGGCGAUCCAGCAGAAGUCGAUGAAGCCAAUGCAGUGUUCUUUCAUGACUAUUUUAGAUCAAUAUGCAGGAAGGGGAGAUGUUCAUAAUGCUGAGAAGAUGUUCCACAUGAUGAGAGAGGCAGGGUAUGUGAGUAGGCCUCGCCAGUUUCAUUCUCUGUUACAGGCUUACAUCAACGCCAAGGCGCCAGCUUAUGGCAUGGGCGAUCGAAUGAAAGCAGAUAAUAUAAAUAUCAAUAGGGCUUUGUCCACAAUGCUGGCUCAGGUUAGUGUAUUUAGAAAGACAGCAGUUUCAGAUUUGCUUGACUGAGGAUUCAUUUCUAAAUGUUCUUAGAUUUUGUUUGUUAACAAUGAUUUUGAGAUUUGUCACUCCAUUCUGUGGAGGUUUCAUUCAAAACGUCUGUGCUUGCUUUUAUUUA